GUCGCAGCCAUGGCCUCGUCCCAAUUGCGAGCGGUUCAAGCGCUUACGCGCGGCGUGCGCGCAUCGAGCCGAACAUUCACGACUUCAGCCCGCCGACUCGAGGCUCAAGCUCCCGCGCCCGUUACCGGCACAAGCGACACGGCCGCUGUCCUCGAGAGCGACUCAAAAGCCAUCACCCAGGCCCCCAACCGAGCCGCCAUCUGGUCCCGAAGCCAGAAGCCACGAGCACUGGCUAUGACUGGCCCCCGCUUCGAGCAGACCGACUUCAGCCUCCAGCCCCAACCGUACGCUGCGAUUGAAUUGGUGCACCAGGUGCCUGUCAAAUGGACUCACGACAAGAUUGUUUCAUGCGACGGCGGCGGCGGCCCUGCUGGUCACCCCAGAAUCUUUAUCAACACCGACAAGCCCGAAAUUGCCACUUGCAACUACUGCGGAAACCCCUUUGCUAAUGAGCACCACCGAAAACACCUCGAGUCUCUGCCCGAGACUUCCUACCCUUUGAAAUAGACGCACUGCAGCGGGAAGAUGGGUUAUUGAGUUGAUGGGGAUAGACAGGCCAUGGGUCGACUCGCGGGAUAUUUUGUAUUAGUCAUGAAGAGCCUCAAUGAAGAAAAAUAAGAACUAUAUUGUACAU